GCGGCGGCAGCGCUGCCUCCAGGUGCCGGUGCGCCCUCGGCCCGCGGCCCGUUCGCUGCGCGCCCGGCCGCUCGGGGCGGGCUCAGAGCUCCAGCCAUGCUGUUCUGGCACACGCAGCCCGAGCACUACAACCAGCACAACGCCGGCAGCUACCUGCGCGAUGUGCUCGCCCUGCCCAUCUUCAAGCAGGAGGAGCCACAGCUGUCCCCCCAGAACGAGGCCCGCCUGCCGCCCCUGCAGUACGUGCUGUGUGCCGCCACGUCCCCCGCUGUGAAGCUGCACGAAGAGACGCUGACCUACCUCAACCAAGGUCAGUCCUAUGAGAUCCGACUGCUGGAGAACCGGAAGCUGGGAGACUUUCAAGAUGUGAACACAAAACAUGUCAAGAGCAUCAUCCGCGUGGUUUUCCACGACCGUCGGCUGCAGUACACGGAGCACCAGCAGCUGGAGGGCUGGCGGUGGAGCCGGCCCGGGGAUCGGAUCCUGGACAUCGAUAUUCCACUGUCUGUUGGUAUCUUGGACCCCAGGGCCAGCCCGACCCAGCUGAACGCAGUUGAGUUUUUGUGGGACCCUUCGAAGAGAGCCUCUGCGUUCAUUCAGGUGCACUGCAUCAGCACAGAGUUCACCCCGAGGAAGCACGGGGGCGAGAAGGGCGUGCCUUUUCGAGUGCAGAUCGAUACAUUUAAGCAGAACGAGAAUGGGGAGUACACGGAACACUUGCACUCGGCCAGCUGCCAGAUCAAGGUGUUCAAGCCAAAGGGAGCCGACCGGAAACAGAAGACCGACCGGGAGAAGAUGGAGAAGCGAACCGCCCAGGAGAAGGAGAAGUACCAGCCAUCCUAUGAAACCACCAUCCUCACAGAGUGCUCUCCGUGGCCCGACGUGGCCUACCAGGUGAACAACGCCCCGUCCCCAAGCUACAAUGGCUCUCCCAGCAGCUUUGGUCUUGGCGAAGGCAACUCCUCUCCGACCCACGCGGUGGAGGCCCUGCCCGUGGGCAGUGACCACCUGCUCCCGUCAGCCUCCAUCCAGGAUGCCCAGCAGUGGCUGCACCGCAACAGGUUCUCACAGUUCUGCCGGCUCUUCGCCAGCUUCUCAGGUGCUGACUUGCUGAAAAUGUCUCGAGAUGAUUUGGUCCAGAUCUGUGGCCCUGCAGAUGGGAUCCGGCUCUUCAAUGCCAUCAAAGGCAGGAAUGUGAGGCCGAAGAUGACCAUUUAUGUCUGUCAGGAGCUGGAGCAGAACCGAGCACCCCUGCAGCAGAAGCGGGACGGCGGUGGGGACCCCAGUCUGUGUGUGUACCACGCCAUCUUCCUGGAGGAGCUCACCACCUUGGAGCUGAUUGAGAAGAUUGCCAGCCUGUAUAGCAUCUCCCCUCAGCACAUCCACCGAGUCUACCGGCAGGGGCCCACAGGCAUCCACGUGGUGGUGAGCAACGAGAUGGUGCAGAACUUCCAGGAUGAAUCCUGUUUUAUCCUCAGUACCUUAAAAGCCGAGAGCAAUGAUGGCUACCACAUCAUCCUGAAGUGUGGCCUCUGAGCAGAAGUAGAGUGUGCAACUGCCUGCAACUCCCAGCCCCAUGGACCCCUUGGAUGUAGAAAUGGCAUCACUGUAAGCUGCGGCCUCACUGGGAAGCUGUGGCUAGGAAGCACCUCGCCCCGUCUAUGAACGCCACAGACCAACCACCAGCAGAAACCCCUGGAGGCUAAGUCUCUGGCACGCAGAAAGCCAAUGGCUCGUCUCCCCCUUCCUCUCGGCCUCCAGCUUUUGAAUGGUUCCUUGUUCUUUUUCCCAGCCCUGCCCUUCUAAAGAGGCAAAUGGUGGGGGUGUCUUCUCUGAAACCGCUCGCUCCCAUAGUUGGAGGCUAGUCCACUGGGCAUCUUGGUGCCAACUGUAUUGGUUCCUUCUGAGCACUCUCCUGCCUCCAGAGAAGGCUCUGCCUCAGCCCCACACCUUCACCUUUUUCCCUGGUGACUCGCUCCUUGCCCAGGACUGCUGACUAGACGAGGGCAGUUAGCCGCCACUCUCCUGUCUUCGUGUUGGUUCCCUUCUCAGUGACCCUGGGGAGCAUCGUCUUUCCCGUUCUUGGUGGAUCGAUGGGAGCGGAGUUUGUUCUGUGCCUCCUGCUUCCUUCACCUUUCCCUUGCUUCUAAGCAUCUGCUACUGCGAGCCUGGAGUGGGCUGUAUCUCUGCAUUGGUGUGGUAGACGCCACAGUGCGUGUGUAGGACCUCGUUCUAAGGCUCUUGGGAGGGAGGGGGGAGGAUGGAAACACUGUUUUCAGGCACACGCUCAUGAGUAUGAAAGGGAUGAGAGCAAAAUGAUUCCUCUUGAGCUCCUUUGAUACAAUUUUAUUUCCUAAGCAAUCGUGGGAAGGGAGGACUAGGAAAUGAGCAUUCCAUUUUAUAAUCAGAUGAGCGGGCCCUCUUGGAUGGACUUGUCAAAUCCCGUUUAGGCAAGACCUUGUUGUAUCUUCGGUGAGGGCCCCCGUUUGAACGUUCAUCUUUUUUCAUCUGUAGGGGUGCGUUUAGGCCGUUUUGCCUGCGUUGGAACGGUGGCAUCACAUUUCUUAGUGGCCUGACUAUGGGGAAACGUAUCGGUAACUGGUAGACUCAGGAAUUGGUCCUCGUCUCACCUGUUUCCCAGGACCCAGUGAUCUAGCCUGGCCCGGGGCUUCCACUCCUUGCUAAUUUAGUUCGUGUUCCCGAGCGUGGUGAGCCCUGUGACCCCCCGAGCAGGCUUUCACAGCUUCUAAAGAGGAGCUUUUGGGGAACGUAGUGCUAGGAUCAGGGAUUAUCAGAAGAGGGUAGACCUUGUUUUAAAGAUGGGGCGACUAAAGCCCAGAGGGGCAAAGCCACCUGCCUGAUGACACACAGUAAUGGGGUGAUGACGUAAAUUUAUCUUACCAACCAGGGCACUUCUGAGAGUGAACGGGCCUCUGUUAAUAAUGAGGUUGGGACCACAGGUGUGGUGUUCUUGCAGCGUAAGGACAGGCUCCUGAUUCCUUUUCCUUUUCUGUGGGGGACUGAGGAGUAGAGAGCAGUUAUAUUGAGAUAUAAUUCACAUUUCAUACAGUUUACCCAUUUAUAGUGUAUAAGUCUAUGGUUUUUAGUAAAUUGACAGAAUGACCAUAAUUAAUGCUAGAACAUUUUCAUCAUCGCCCCAAAAGAAACCCUGUAUCUUUAGCAAUUGCUUUCUCACUUUCCACCCAGCUUCCCUAGUCCAAGGCAGCCCUGAGGCUACUUUCUAUGUGGAUUUACCUGUUCUGGACAUUUCAUAUAUAUGGACUCAUAUUGCAAUAUGUGGUCUUUCGUGACUAGCUUCUUUACUUAGCAUAAUGUUUUCCAGGGUCAUCCAUGUUGAACAUAUGUUAGUACUUCAGUCUUUUUUAUAGCUGAAUAGUAUUUCAUUCUGUGGCUAGACCACAUUUUGUUUAUCCAUUCAUCACCUGAUGGACAACUGAGUUGUUCCUACUUUUUGGCUGUUAUGAACGAUGCUGCUAUGAACGUGUUUGUACAAGUUUUUGUGUACACGUAUGUUUUCAUUUCUUUUGGAACUGUACAUAGGAGUGGGCUUCCUGGGCUCUGGUAACUCUAUGUUUAACUCCUAGAGGAACUGCCAGCCUUUUUCUAAAGCAGCUGUACCAUUUUACAUUCC